AUGAGAGAGUCGAUCGACUCGUCAGAGCCAACACCAAGACACAGGUUCUCGGUGGUUAGAGAGGCAGGCUUUCCAUCAACAAUAGGGAUCUUUGCAAUAGCAGAUUCCAAAGAGGCCUCAGAGUUACGGAAGUCGCAAAUCUGCUGCUUCAAUUCCUGUUGGUGGGGGUCUGGCACAUCUAUAAGGCUCCAACGUGAGGAUAUUGGGCCGGGCGAUUUUGGUGAUAUCAAACAUAAUGAUGGUGAGUCAGAAAAAACGGAUAAGAUAUUUCAAGGGUGCGUGCACACUGCCGUGAAAAAAUUGAAUUGUAUGGACUGGAUUAAGCAGAUCGUUUCGAGUGUGGCCGAGUCUGUGACGGAAAUGGGAUUGGAUCAGGAACACGUUGAGGGGAAGGAGCUUUUUGAGUUGGCUAAGGACUCGUUGUCCAAGCCGAUUCAGAUUGAACGGGAUGAGGAUAGUUUCAGCAUCGAUGUUGUGCCAGUGUUUGUGAACUCGCUUACAAAGAGCCAGGAAACCGCGUGUCUUGACCUGCUAGACGCAAACCUGGGAAGAAUAUACACCAAUGUCAUUGGACGCGACUGGAAAGUGGAAAAAGUCGAGGAGAUGCGCGAUUCCGGCCUGAUCUAUCUGCUUCUCUACCACGGCUCCACGUUUGUGGGAUUCGUUUCCAUGAAGGCCCUGGAAGACAAUAGUACCCACGUGAUUUAUAUCUACGAGCUACAGGUUUCGGAGAACUUCCGCGGAAUGGGGCUGGGCACCAAGCUGCUGCAUUUGGUAAACGACACAGCCGUUCUGGCCAGCUCCGUCGACAAGUUCACCACGCGCUUCGGGAAAAUAUACGGGCUGUCAUUGACUGUCUUCGGGGAAAACCAGCGCGCACAAAAACUGUACUUCUCGCAAGGAUUCGAGAUCGCUCCGCAUUCCCCCCGGCUACUUGGUUCGUUGAACCUUGCCCAAUUGAAACAGUUCCAGAAAGUUCUCCAGACUGCUCUGAUUGCCUAUCACAAAGACCACUCGUUAAUUCCUUCGAGAAUCGUUACCACCACGCCGUAUGCCACGCACCUCUUCAUGGCUUCCACCGGUGAGACCGUUGGAAUGAAGGCUCUUACCGGGUCCAAACAAGGAUUUACCGGAGUAACCACGAUUCUGGACAAGGAGGUCGGGUUCCCAAUUGGAAUUCUCAACGCUGCCACUCUCACGGCGUUCAGAACAGCUCUCUGUACCACCCUGACCCUGGUUAAAGCUCUUCCUAUCGGGUCUGUUGGUAAAUCCAAGGAAACAUUGGUGUGUUUCGGUGUGGGAGCUCAAGCUCAAUGGCAUAUCAGACUGGCUCUCAUUCUGUACCCUCAGCGUUUCGACCAAGUCAUCAUCGUCAACAGAUCCGUUGAAAAAGCAGAAGCUCUAGCCGAUGACUUCAAAAAGGAAGUUUCCGCGAUCGAAUUCAAAGCGGUUGCAACUGCUGACAAAGAUUUGAAAUUCUACUUCGAAAAAGCAUCCUGUGUCUUUGGCUGUGUGCCGAGUACUGAGGCAACCAUUUUGGCUGACUAUGUUGUCAACAACUCUGUCGAAAAGGUUUUUAUCGGAGCUAUUGGCUCUUACAAGCCACACAUGAUCGAGAUCGAAGGAGACCUGCUCAAGGAGUCGUUGGCCAAGGACACCAAGAUUGUGGUCGACUCCAUCAGCCACUGUCUGGAUGAGGCCGGAGAGUUUAUCCAGAACGACAUUGGAGCUUCCUCUCUGAUCGAGGUGUCUGAGCUGUACAUGGAAACGCCCGCAGGUAAGGAACAGCUGAAGAAAAUGGACGAGUCCAAAAUCGUGAUUUCCAAGAUCGUCGGACUGUCCAUCAUGGAUGUUUCUGUGGGCCACUACGUUUUGGAGACGGCCAAGUCGCAAGGACUGGGUAUCGUUAUUGACGAGUUCUAA